AUGGCGGACGGGGUGCUGUUCCGGCGCGGCACCGGGCAGAGCGACGACUCGGACAUCUGGGACGACACGGCCCUCAUCAAGGCGUACGACAAGGCGGUGGCCUCCUUCAAGAAUGCCUUAAAGAAUGGGGAAUGUUCGGAGCCUUCAGAGAAGCAGGAGCAGCGCCUGGUGAUAAAGAGAAAAAACCAUAAAAAGAACAGAAAUAGAAACAAGAGCAAUACAGCGCCUUUGAAACAGUGGAAGGUUGGUGACAGCUGCAGUGCUGUUUGGUCUGAGGAUGGUAAUUUGUAUCUAGCAACUAUUGCCUCCAUCAACCAGAAGAGAGGCACAUGUGUUGUCACUUACACGGGAUAUGGAAAUCAGGAGGAGCAGAACCUGUCUGAUCUGCUUCCUCCAGCCAGUGAUGAAACAAAUGACAAUGAGACUCCAUAUUCAACAGAUGAAAGUGAAAAAUCUUCCUUGUCACCCCAAAACAAAAGCAACUGCACAAAAGCAAAAUUUUCUCCUCAGAACUUGAGAUUUCCCACACCACCACCACCAGCCCCAGGCGUAGGAAAGUCUGGAGCAAAAUUCAAGGCACCUCCAUCAUUUUUAUCUUGCUGGCCCCCACCCUUCCCAGCAGGACCACCAUUGAUUCCUCCUCCACCACCUAUGAGGCCAGACUCUGCUGAGGAUGAUGAAGCAUUGGGGAGCAUGUUGAUAGCCUGGUACAUGAGUGGUUACCACACUGGAUAUUACCUGGGUUUAAAACAAAGCCGAAUGGAAGCAGCACUGGAGAGACAAACUCAUGAAAAGUAACCGAAUAUCCACCAUUGUUCUGAAGGAUUGUAAGUAUUGCAGCUUUGUGGUGAAUGAAGAUAUAGUCAAAUUUUGAACUCCCUUCAAAAACCUCUUGGCUUUGGGACUUCAAUCCACUCCUAUGGCUCUCUGUAAAGACUACUUCUGCCAGUAGUAAUCCCUUCUUUGCUUAGCAGCUGUGGAAUUGUAAGGAUGAAGGAAAGUAUUAAUUGCUCUGAUGAGAGUUUUAGCUACAGCAUCUCUCUACAUCAGGAUUAACAGUGCAGCUUAUAUGAAUUAUUAAUGGUUCAUAGUGGGUUGUUUUGGGAACAAAAGGUUGUAAGUGAAAUGCAGUUUUUUCAUCUCUGUUUCUUUACACAGAUGGGAUGGUAGGUUGUAGUUAAACUUUGUUUUCAGGACAAAUUCAGUCUGGUAAUGUUGAGCAGUUCUGUUCUCAGUACUUCAGUACCUAUGCUUUUAUUUUAAAUGCUUUGUUCAGAAUUCUCCAGUGUAUUGUUUACUUCCUUAUAAAACAAAACUAUAUUCUCCUGGGGAAUUGUUUUCUGAUUUUCUAUAACAACAUGUAAUUUCUGUAAUGUAAUGUAAUUGAGUAAUUCUUUGUGUGUUUAAAACCAAAAAGCUCUUUUAUACUAAUUUGUGCUUCUUUUUUAAAGCCAGGUAAAAAUCUUUUCUGCUGAGAGGUGUAUAUCACUUAUGCAUUGGGGAUUGUGAAGAACUGAAUUUUAUCAAGACAAUUAGUUGUAACAUUUUCUUAACACUGAGCUGUCCCUAUUAACAAAUAAAUAACUUCAGACUAGUAAUUAAAUGUGCAUUGAAACUAACUGUUUCUUAAAGACCUUAGUCAAAUGUAUUUCAAAAGCACUGUAGCAACAAAAUACUUUUUACUCUCCUGAGGCAGUUUCAAGUCUUUUUACCAAGAUAGAUUUAACUCUUUUGACCCCAUGUGGUCGAUUUCAUUUAUCUCUCAACACAUCUUGCAUUUCUCAGACUUUCUGUCUGAAUGGCAGCACCAGAACAAUUGAUUAUGGUCUCCUCUUUUAGGAGAGAGCUAUGGCAGCAAUGUGUGUUACAGUGGCCACUGGUGGCACUGACAUGGAAAACAGUGCACUGUCAUAGUAGGAGGGACAUCUUACAGGUCUGAUUAGAAUCAUGAAAUAUGACAGCUGGUUUCAGGACGACUAUUGUCUUGUUUCAAAUGUGUGAAUAAAGUUCUACUUUUUAAGCUUUGA